CGACGAUGGAAUACAUUAUAUAGAUGGAUCAUAUAUUAAGCAGUUGGUAGCUAGGUAUAGUAGUGAUAAUGAGUGUGCCUGUAUAUAAAUAUUAUUGGAGCUGAGGUGAAGUAGCUAGCUUAGCUUAGCUUAGCUAGCUAGAUGAUGUUAGGAGGUUCAUUUGGUUCAUCACCAUCAUCAUCAUCAAGAUCCCACGACAAGCAACCCCAACAUUUCCUUGAUAUUCACAAUAAUACUAACCAGCAGCAUCGUCGGAAUCACGAUCAGGGGAUCGGCUUGCGCCACCUCCUCAUAACCUGCGCCGAGCUCAUCUCCAGAUCUGACUUCUCCGCCGCCCACCGCCUCCUCUCCUUCCUCUCCACGCGCGCCUCCCCUCUCGGCGACUCCACCGAGAGGCUCGCGCAUCAGUUCGCCCGCGCCAUCUCUCUCCGCCUCCACCGCCACGUCGCUGCGCCGCCCUCCCCGUCUCUCCUCCAGUCCUCCUACCUCGCUCUCAACCAAGUCACGCCCUUCCUCCGCUUCACUCACCUCACCGCCAACCAGGCCAUCCUCGAGGCCGUCGAGGGCGGCGGCCAGCGGCAGGCGGUCCACAUAGUGGACUUCGACAUCAUGCACGGAGUCCAGUGGCCGCCCCUGAUGCAAGCCUUAGCGGAGCGGUACCCGCCGCCCACGCUAAGGAUCACCGGCAGCGGGCGGGACCUCGACACCCUCCGGAGGACCGGAGACCGUCUCGCGAAAUUCGCUCACUCGCUGGGGUUGCGGUUCCAGUUCCACCCGCUGCUGGCUCUCGGCGGGGAAGACGAGCCCCCGCCGCUUUCAUCUAUUGUGCUGCUCCCGGACGAGACCCUGGCCGUGAACUGCGUGAUGUACCUGCACCGCCUGCUGAAGAACCGGGAUCGGCUCGGGCUGUUGCUCCGGAGGAUCAAGGACGAAAUGAGGCCGAAGGUGGUGGCGGUGGCGGAGAGGGAAGCGAGCCACAACCACCCGCUGUUCCUGAAGAGAUUCGUGGAGGCGGUGGACCACUACGCGGCGGUGUUCGACUCGCUGGAGGCGACGCUGCCGCCGAGCAGCAGGGAGAGGUGGGAGGUGGAGCAGGUGUGGUUCGGGGGCGAGAUAGCGGACAUCGUGGCGGCGGAGGGAGGGAAGAGGAGGGAGAGGCACGAGAAGUUCGCGUGCUGGGAGGGUAUGCUUCGGGGGUCGGGGUUUAGGAGUUUGGGGCUGAGCCCCUUCGCUGUGUCCCAGGCUAACCUGCUUCUGCGGCUCCACUACCCUUCGGAAGGGUACCACCUCCGCCUCAUGCCCGAUUCCAACUCGCUAUACCUGGGGUGGCAAACCCAACCACUCUUCUCUGUCUCUUCUUGGCACUGAUUCAUAUAUAGUCGAUCUCAUAUAUAUCCAUCCAUCUAUAUACGGAGUAUAUCAUUCUUGCCUGCCCGCCCCAAGCUUAAUUAGCUUCAGAUCGAUCCUUGAUCAUAUCCAAUGGGGCCAAGACCGGGAGCGGAUUCAUCAUAAUCAUAAUGGAAACCCUAACCCUAGCUAAACCCUAAUUAUCUAUCCAUUGAUUUCCUCGGAUCCUGCGGCCCAAAGCAAACUUGCAUGGCUGGAGAUGGCAUCAAACAUUUCAAUCGAUUGUUUUUGUUCGUUCGUUGUUAUUGUAAGGUAAAAGUUAACUCGAUCAAACCUUCAGUUAUAUUGGAUGAUACUAAAUGUAUGUAAUUAAUAUAUAUAUAUAUAAUGCGCACUUAAUUAGGGUGUAAGUCUAUUAUAUAUAAUGAUGAUAAUGAGUAUAUAUAUGUAUUCUACCCUGCAUGCGGAUGUUGAUUACACGUAUCUUUUGUCGUUUUAAUGAAGUAUACAUCCACCAAUAUAAUAG